GUUAGCAAGCCAUCUGUUGAUUUGAAAACAAGAUCUUCGCGUGGCCUCGGCGCUUGGUAGGCAAGACUUCGUCGGCGACGUAAGGUCGUCAUGGGCAGAACGUAGCCCUGUGCCAAAAGCUUGAUGAAGUAUCGCAGCCUCGAACGGCCCAAGUGUGACCACCGGAUUGAUCGCCUAUUUAUGUCGAGCAACUCGUAGCCUCCGGCAGCUCCCAGUUAAAGGUCUCUCGCUCGGCUCCUCCGAAAGAGUUCAGGAAAUGGAGCGAGCUGAGGCCGAGGAAGCUCGCCGAGAGCGCGACCGGCUGUACGUGAGCGAGGCGGAAGCGACUUUCGCCCACGACGAAACGCUGCCACCGCUGCCGGUGCCGCCGCUGAGGCUCACCAUCGACAAGUACCUCGACUCCGUCCGCGCGGUUGCUUCGGACGAAGAGUAUGUGCUCACUGAGGGCAUCGCUACCGAUUUCGAGAAUGGCGUCGGCGCUGAGCUCCACAAGAUGCUACUGCAAAGGGCGCAGCACUCCAAUAACUGGCUGGAGAAAUGGUGGGAGGACGUGGCGUACCUGUCUCAGCGUCAGCCUCUGCUGCCCAACUCCCACAUGGCCGGCACGUUCGCGCUCUUCGAGGACGCCUUCCAGUUCCAGGGCGGCCGCAGCCUUUGGGCGGCGCGGAACAUCACCUACUACCUCGACUUCUGGACCCUACUCAGGCAAGAGAGGCUGAAGCCACAGUCAUUCCGCAAAAUUCCCUGGACCAUGCACCAGUUCAGAAGGUUCUUCAACACUGCGAGAAUACCUGCCGAAGGAAAAGACGAGCUCGUCUGCAAGUUUCUCACUGAGGCUGAGGAGAGCUACUCGGGCGAGUCGCCAACCCACAUUGUGGUGCUCCAAGGUGGCCACAUAUUCACCUUUGAUCUGCUUAACGAGCGACGAGAGCCUCUGACGGCGGCCGAGAUCACUGCUCAGCUCGAUCGCAUCAGUCAUGCAUGUGCGAGCUUGGGUCCUGGCAAUGGUGUGGGUGUCCUCACCCACGGAGACAGGGACAGUUGGGCACAGAAUCGCAAACUGCUCCAGAGUCUACACCCUGAUAAUGAACGCUGCUUACGCCUCAUUGAGGAUGCCAUGUUUGUACUCGCCAUGGAUGACGCUUCACCAAAGAACAGACAAGAGGUAAUGAGUGAGUGCUUGAAAGGGGACUGGAAUCGCUGGUUUGACAAGUCAUACACAUUCAUCAUCUUCAGACUCACCUUGGGCUCAUCAGCUGAUCACACACCAUUUGACGGAAUGGUUCCUGUUACCUGCGCUCAUUAUGUACAUUUGACAUACCUGGCUACAAAACUUAAUCCGGAUGAUGGAACCAUUCGAUCUGCCCUCCCCAUGCCAGAAGAGUUGCGGUUUGAGCUCAACGAAACGCUGGUGUCAGAGAUGGAACGUGUGAAGUCUGAGUACUACGCCCUGUGUGACAACCUGGAAGUGGUAUGUGAUGUCUUCACCGGCUAUGGCAAGGGCUUCAUGAAGCCAGUGCGAAUCCAUCCUGAGGCAUUCCUGCAAGUUGCAAUCCAGCUGGGCUACUACAAGCUGCAUAGAAAACCGGCUGCGACGUACGUGACAGCAUCGACACGAGCCUUCUAUCAUGGCCGUACAGAGACGUGUCGGGCUUGUACGCCUGAGUUGAUGGAGUUUGUGAAAGCUGCCACAGAUGGCACCACUUCGUUAACAAGGGUCGUCACACUCUUAAAAGAAUCCGUGCAGAAGUUUGAAAAGCUGAUGGUCGAGUGCUGCAAGAACUACGGUUGUGACCGCCAUUUGAUGGGCCUUGCACUCACUGCCUUGGAAGAAGGCAUGCCUUUGCCCGACCUCUUCCUGGACCCUGCAUUUGUCAAGAGUGGCGGCAACGGCAACUUCAUACUGUCGACCAGCUGCAAUGGCUACACGCCACUGAUUGGCUGCGUAGCACCAAUGUGUAAAGAUGGCUACGGUGUUUUCUACAGCAUCGAAGAGAACAAGAUCAUCUUUGCCUUGUCUGCCUUCAAGGACAGUGAUGAGACCGAUGCACGAACGUUGUACGAGAACAUCGUGCAUGCACUGUUCGAUCUGCAGGGUCUGCUGCUCUCAGCGAAGCUGUGACGCUCGAUGACCGAGUCCGCGCUUAAUUGUUUUAAUCGCCGGGGAGGAGACGUCGCGUGCGCUGCCCAGUGUAGAUCAGCCGAAGACCAAGGGCAGUGUCGCGGCGUUUUCGUAACACUGUGAUUGUACCUCGUAUUUUAUUUUUGUGAAUGUUUCGAUUUAGCCAUAUUUUUUAUUAGGUAGCCGUUUGUAUUAUUAGUUUUUUUUACCACGAUGAUGUAUAUUUUGCGACCCUAUUUUUUACAAACAAUGCACGAGAAUUGCACGCAGGCAUACUGUUUAUACACACAAGGUAUUCACAAGUUAAGGAGGUGUACAGUUAGGCGUUCUGCACGAACUUCUUGUUUGUCUGUCUUUUUUUAUUUCAACUGUGUCUUUUUUUCACGAAUCCGGUGAACAAAUUUAUUUACCUGUUCACUUCAAUAGGUUUACUGGAAGUGGUAACCUUGACUGAAUCUUUUUUACAAAGCCUCAGAAUUAAAGCAUUCAUUGCCCUUUUCAUGAAAUGAUUUGAAUGUUUGAGUACUUAAGCUAGGCAGUGGAAUACAUUUUAUAAGUAGGCUCGCAAUAAUCCAGACUGAUAUUUGAUACGCUUGGUUAAUUAAAGCAAAUCUAAAAAAUUUUCAUGGGCUACUGUGUUGUCAACCUGUUUAAAAGCUGCUUAACUCAAACUCCACCAUUUGGUUAAAUGUUAGUUUGUACAUCUUAUUUUUCUGUUCCAAAAAUAUUAGCUGCCUUUGCUGCUUCUAGCUGAAAAUUUGCACUCGUCUAUUUUUAAAACAGCCACAAGUAAAGCCAGUUGCCUGGUUCCGCUUGUCAAUGUUUUCCAAACCAAGAGAAGAUGAAUUAAAAAGAGCUUUGAGACUGUGGGAAUGCACAUGAUAAUGAGCCUUUCUGCGUUUCCUGAUAUGUUGCACCGAGUCAUGCUUUGCUUGCAUUUUAUGAUUCAAACUUAUCAUCAUUUUCUAUAAACAUCUGGGGUACCCUCAAGUCUGAAUUAUCAAGUACCUGUGGUAUGUGGGGAUUUGAGAAUAUGUUGUUUUUUAGACUUCGAUCAGAUACUGCCUGUUGGAGCAAUCUUAUUCUGUUUUUGUAUAUUUAACAUUUGAAUUGCAAAUAAUUUGAAUUGUAUCAACAUUUUAACUUUGCUGGAAUGUCAAUGCAGAUCUGAUGUUGUAACUCUGUUGAAGGCAGCUUAGGCUGCUUGCACAAGUCGCACCAAAUUUGUAGUUACUUUAAGAGUCUUAAUUUGGGCACUCUAUAUCGAUUGGUUAACGUCCUCACACGAAUGCAUUUACUGUUGCCAAGAAAACGGUUCGUCAGUGCGAGAUACUAAUGGCUUGAAUAAAGCAGGAAAUGUAAUGCCACUACCUGGAGAUGCGAAACCUGCUGUUGCUGAUGUACAUCGCUGUCAGGAGUGUGUUGUGAGCUAUCGAUAACGAGAAGCCUAUUGCAUGAAAUAAAGAAAAUGCAACUACACCAG